GCGCCCCCCCCCCCCGCGCACUGUGUGACACCCCGGCGACAUGAGCCCCCUUGGCGCCGCCGUCCUGCUCGGCGUCCUCGUGGCGCUCGCUGCGGCCGAGCCCACCGAAUACUUCCGGGAGGAGUUCCGCGAUGGAGAUGCCUGGAGCAGCCGCUGGGUGGAAUCCAAGCACAAAUCUGACUACGGCAAAUUCGUGCUGAGUGCCGGCAAGUUCUAUGGCGACGCCGAGAAGGACAAAGGCAUCCAGACGAGCCAGGACGCGCGCUUCUACGCGCUCUCGGCGCGCUUCGAGCCCUUCAGCAACCGUGGCAAGACGCUGGUGCUGCAGUUCACCGUGAAGCACGAGCAGAACAUUGACUGCGGCGGUGGCUACGUGAAGCUCUUCCCGGCUGCACUGGAGCAGGCCGACAUGCACGGCGACUCCGAGUACAACAUCAUGUUUGGCCCUGACAUCUGCGGACCCGGCACCAAGAAGGUCCACGUGAUCUUCAACUACAAGGGCAAGAACGUGCUCAUUAACAAAGACAUCCGCUGCAAGGAUGACGAGUUCACACACCUGUACACACUCAUCGUGCGCCCUGACAACACCUAUGAGGUGAAGAUUGACAACAGCCGUGUGGAGAGCGGCGGCCUYGAGGAUGACUGGGACUUCCUGCCCCCCAAGAAGAUCAAGGACCCAGCGGCCAAGAAGCCCGAUGACUGGGACGAGCGUGCCAAGAUCGACGACCCCGAGGACAGCAAGCCCGAGGAUUGGGACAAACCCGAGCACAUCCCGGACCCGGACGCCAAGAAGCCGGAGGACUGGGACGAGGAGAUGGAUGGCGAGUGGGAGCCCCCCGUCAUCCAGAACCCUGAGUACAAGGGUGAGUGGCGGCCACGGCAGAUCGACAACCCCGACUACAAGGGCAAGUGGGUGCACCCCGAGAUCGAGAACCCUGAGUACCAGCCUGACCCCGAUCUCUACGCUUACGACAGCUUUGGUGUCCUYGGCCUCGACCUCUGGCAGGUGAAAUCGGGCACCAUCUUCGACAACUUCCUGCUCACGGAUGACGAGAAGCUGGCGGAGGAGGUCGGCAACGAGACCUGGGGGGCCACCAAGGAGGCGGAGAGGAAGAUGAAGGAGCAGCAGGAUGAGGAGCAGCGGCGGCAGCAGGAUGAGGAGGACAAGAAGCGCAAGGAGGAGGAGGAUGACGAUGGCGACGAGGAAGGUGACGAGGACGAAGAGGACGAGGACGAUGGCGGCGACAAGGACGACGAGGCGGGGGCCGCCCUCAAGGACGAGCUGUGAGGGGGGCAGCCCCCCGUAAUGUCUCUAUGAGACGGGACUCUCGACUCUUUGUUUUUUAUGGGCGUUGCCCCCUGUCCCCGCGUGGCCCCGGCUCCCUGUCACCAGGCCCC